UUCAGCCAGAACCGGCUCGAAGAAGGAAAAUCCCAUCAGGUGUGGAGGGAGCAGCUCUUUGCCCAAGGAGCUGCCAUGGUGCACUGGCUGUACCUGUCCGGGCUGGUGCUAGCCGUGCUCAUCCCGGCAGGAUGGCAGCUGGCUCCCCAGGACCUGCAGGACCUGCCCAGAUGGGAGCUGUUCAGAGCCCAGAACUCCCAGAGCUUCCUGUCCCACAUCAAGCGCCACUCAGAGGGGACCUUCACCAGUGACUUCACGCGGUACCUGGACAGGAUGAAGGCCAAGGACUUCGUGCACUGGCUCAUCAACACCAAGAGGUACAAUUAACAGAAAAUCCCAGCGGCAGCAUCCACAUAGGAAUGUUGGACCUCUCCAUCACCAGCCAGGAUUGGGAGCUCCAUGGGAAGGAUUUGAAGGAUUCAUCCAUCACACACAGUUCCUGGAGCCAUCCCAUUCUCCAUGGGAAAGCUUUGAAGGAUUCAUCCCCCACAGCUCCUGGAGCCAUCCCCUGCCCCACGGGAUGGAUUUGAAGGUUCCAUCCAUCCCCCACACCUCUCCUGGAGCCAUCCUGUGCCCCAGGAGAAGGAUUUGAAGGAUCCAUCCCUCACACCUCUCCUGGAGCCAUCCUGUGCCCCAGGAGAAGGAUUUGAAGGAUCCAUCCAUCCCCCACACCUCUCCUGGAGCCAUCCCAUUCUCCAUGGGAAGGAUUUGAAGAAUUCAUUCAUCACACAGUUCCUGGAGCCAUCCCAUUCUCCAUGGGAAGGAUUUGAAGGAUUCAUCCAUCACACACAGCUCCUGGAGCCAUCCUGUGCUCCAUGGGAAGGAUUUGAAGGAUCCAUCCCUCACACCUCUCCUGGAGACAUCCCAUUCUCCAUAGGAAGGAUUUGAAGGAUCCAUCCAUCCCUCACCCCUCUCCUGGAGCCUCCCCUGCUCCCCAGGCACCUCCUCCUGAAAUCUGCCCCCACGGAUCAAACCUGGCUUUCUUUUCCCUGCACUUUUUCCCAAAUGCCAAUAAAACCUUUGCUCCAUCCUGCUGCUGGUUCCUGACUCCAAACUUUCCGAGCAUCCCACUGGGAUCCUGCACAGUCCCAAGGGAUUUCCUCUGACUCCCCAUUUGCUGCCUCAUUUUUCCUUCAAUUCCUCAAUUUUCAGAUAACCAGGCUGUGCCCACCUGACCCCACAGACCAGGGCCAAAAGAAACUGGAGAGAAAUUUAGGAAUAAACCUGCAAAAAUUCC